CCAAGAGCACCAGUGCUGCUUUAAAAUGUUCAUCCUUUUAUGCAAGUGUCUCUGUAUGUAUGUGCAGCUAAUAACAUCCAAGAGAAAUCUGUUGCCUUCGAAGUUUAUUCCGAACUUUUUUUUUCAGCCAGUAAUUUCCGGCAGGGAUAGCCAACGAUUCGUCUGUUAAUACCAGAAAAUAAAACCAGCCAUUAAGGUGCGUCAAGCUGCGUUAAGGGAGAGGAGCAUCCAUCCUUUAACAGGCCUCUAUUUGCAUUGUAAAUCGCUUCCUUCUCACGAACGACUCUUUAGCCUCUAUAAAGAUGUAAAGCCAUCGGCAAUUUCCAGCGCAGUGUAAGGAGGAAGGAGAAGAAAAAAAUUCCAUUUAGUAGAAAGUAACAAGAUGAUUCGAGGAUGCGUCUCUUGAUCCCUUUAGAUUAUGCACGGCAUAGAUCUCUUUGCCAAAUGGUGGCAGCUUGAUUGCAAAUAUCUUGCGUGCAGUGUGUAUUUUAGAGGGGGAAGAUCCUCGCUUUCUCGGGGCUCCCAGAGCUGGGGAGAAGAAGACGCGGUCUUGCCGGCUGCUGCUGCCCCCGGUCUGAAAGAAGGAGGAAAGGGCCAUCAUUGGAGGGCUUUCAGUGCCAAAAUGCGGGCCAGCCAGGCAAGGUCAAAGGUCCUGGACCGCGGGAGACCAAGGUAAUGAUGAUGUCAUGAGAAACCUCAAGUACACACGGCUAUUGAUAUGCAUGAGCGACCAGCCACCGGCGCCGGGACCUAGCCCGGUCUCGCCUCCAGCAUCGCCGCCUCCGCCGUCUUGGCGCGGGGGAUCCGCCCGCCGCUGUCACCUUCCUCCUCCUCGGCAGCGCAGAUCGCUUCAACAUCCAGAGGCGGGGAGGCAGGACGCUCUCCCCCGGGGCGGGAAGCAGCCUGCCCGGCCCCGGGGAGAGCAGGGGAGCCCCGAGGAGCCCGCGCUCCUCUUCGGGCAGCCCCCGCCGGUGCGCAGCGAUGCCGCGGCGGGAGCGGGGCCUGGUACUCAGAGGCCGGGAGCAGGGCUGUGCUACGCAAGUGAAGAAAUGCAUGCUGAUGUUAUUCACGGAACCAACAAAGGCAAGUCUUUCUAAACUGUUAGGAUGUGUUAUGUGCAGUUUUAUGAUUUAAGCCUCUCAGUUUCCCCUUCCCCACUCCCCCAAAAGAACAUUACACUUUGAAUUAUUUAACAAUAUAAUUUUCAUGGAAUUUUUGUUACUCUGAAGUGCAAACUUUAAAGGCCUCCUGAGUAUGUGUGAUGUAAUGAACCUUCUCACUGAGAGCUACCAUAUUUUCUGUAGAAAUUAAAAAAUGCACUUCAACAGCUGCAGUGUGCUGUGGUCAGUAUAACACACACCAAAAAAUUCAGCACACAGACUAUGGAGUGCUCUGAACUCCUAAAGGAAUAACAAUUUAAAAUUCAUGCUACUACUCCUCUUCUAAGGUGCAAAAUAUAACACAGCAUAUCAUGCACUAUGUUCCCGCACAAUUAGUUAAUAUGUCACACUGCAUUUAAAUAUAUUUUUUGUAAAUUAACCUGUGUUUGCAUAGGUUGCUAAUUUUUAGGUGGAAUUUUUUGAAUGCAUGGAGUCAAACUAAAGUUGUUGUUGCUCUGUGUUGGCUGCAGAGCUUGCUUGUAUGAUAAAGGAAAUGUGUGCUUGUGUGUAUACAGGGGAGCCAUAUGUACAUGUGUCACUCUAGGUACAUGUGUGUGUAUGUGUUUGAGCUAAAAUAUAUAUGUAGAUGUAUGUAGUUACACCAUAAAAUAUCAAGUAACCAGCCCAUUUUUUAUCAUAAUUACAAAAGCAUGAAAACAGGGAAGUAAUCUCCUUUGUCAGACACUGCUCAAAAUUAAUACUGUCAUCAAGAAGUAUCACAAAGACAUUGCUAAUCUGCCAGUCUGCUAAGUCUCAAAUACUGCAGAAAUAUUGCUAAUUUAUUUCUCCUUCCAGAUUCUAAGCCUUUGAAAUCAAGCAUUUCUUUUUUUAAACAGGUAUUAUUUAUCCUCAUAUAGACUGCUUUUUUACAACCAGUGCUUUUUACUCAAGAGACAUAAGAGCUCAUCGUGCCAGUCUUCUUUGUGGAAAAUUCAGAGACUCACACAAAAUGGUUAGAAUACUUAUAAUGCUGCAUUACGAGUUACUGAACUUCUUCAUUACCUCUCAGGCUGUUCAGGCACAACAGGAGCAACUGAAUCAGACAUCUGAUACAUCCAGAGGCCCACGAUCACUUUGAUAUUAUGUAAAAUUCUAAUGAACUUUUCUGAAUUGGCAGAUAGGCAGAAAGAUGUGGUUUUUAUGGCAAUAGCUAGGGGCAGUAGUGCUGGUGAUCAAGCAUGUGUUGCAUAGGACAGGCUUAUGAGCUUAUGGAUUAAAUUCUUUCAGUCAGAGGCAUGGAAAUCCAAGUGCUCCUUGUGUAUGUGUGUGUGUGUGUGUGUAUGCUUAUAUAGGUGUCUAUGUACGUAUAUAGGUGUGUAUGUACAUAUCUGCAUAUAACCAUAUUAACACAGAUGGAUAUGUACAUGCAAGCGCAUCACCAGAUGUCACAUGUCACUGGAUUUACACUUAAAUGCAAGGUAUAUUAUUGCAAAUGGGUACUUCCAAAGAUGUAAGGUGUACCUUCAAAACACCAAGCCCUGUUCUCACAACCACCUCGCUUACAUUCUGACUUACUCUGAAGUAACUGCAAUACACACGUUUUGUUGAUUACUCACUGGAGCACGUCAAAAGAGCCAACAUGAUGGUUAUGAUGUAGCUGAUCAUUAGCCAUAUUAUGGAUUACAUUUUCUAGCUCUCAGACACUUAGUAAGGCCUUAAAAUCAUCGGAUGUCCAUGAAGUAUUUGCUUAUUCUGAAUAUUACAAAAAUGUAUGCAGCAGUUUAAGGCACAUUUCCAAGACUUCAACGUGGAAAGUUUAAGCAAUGCACAGUUUUGAAAAUUCUGCCCAAAACAUCACCUGAAUUGUCAAAAACAGCAGUUAACACAGCCUGCUCUCUUCCAGUUUACAUAAUUGAAUAAAACUUAUUUAUUCCAAAGUCACUGUAGAAACAUCAGCCUAUUGGAAGACAUGGAAUACAAACACUGACUUUUUCCUCCUAGUUGCCUAAUAAAUUCCCACUAAUGGCCUGCAGAUUAGUAUGUGAUUGUCAUGCUUGCUUUCUAAUCUUUUUAUAGGUCUGCAGACACCUGUGACAUAAAGAAGAAAUAUCCUGCAUGGAUUUUUUAAGAAUAAACAGUCUCUAUUGACUUUAAA